GCAGGCUUCACCAGCCAGCAAGACAAUAUCAUCUCCAACUGGGGCUGCACGACUCCCUCAUUGGUCUACGACACGGAGGGGGGCAAGGACAUUGGUAUUGCCGAGAGCCAUGUCGCGUAUACCUGCGAUAUCGAGUUCCCGCGAACUGUGGGCAACACGUACUUCGGCGUGGUGGGCCCUUGCGGAGGGCAUACAGGCGACUAUCACUUUCACCGCAGCUUCAGCUGCCUAUACGCUGCCUCCGGCGGGCACUCGACGAAGGUCGGCGUCGUCGCAGGGCACGACAUGUACGGAAAGUGGGAGGACUUUGACAACAACCUGCUGCCACUGCUGGAUGCUUGCGGGGCUCACAUCGGGCCAACGCCG